GUGCUGGAACACUCUGUCAUCUGAGAUCAAUAAAAGGAGGAUUAUUUUCAGUGCCAGAAUUGACGUGGUUACUUCCAGCAUGAAUUUUAGAGUUUAAUCUAAAUUCUUCAAAAGUAAGAGCUUUCUGCUUUCCUGAAUCCACAGCAGACCAGAGCCAGCAAGAAGAGAGGAGGUGGAAGAAAGCACUUGGAGAGAACUGAACAUUUGCACUGGUGCUGUAAACUGCUUUUGUGGUAAAAGGACCCCUCUGAGCCAGAAAGAUGCGUGAGUAUACCGAAAAGAAGGAAACAUGUGGGACCAUCUGUCUGAAGUACUUGCUCUUCAUCUUCAACUUCUUUUUCUGGCUGGCUGGUGGGGCUGUGAUGGCAGUGGGCACCUGGACCCUCGCUGAGAAGAGUGACUACAUCAGCCUGCUCUCCUCCAGCACGUAUUCCGCAACUGCUUAUAUUCUGGUGGUGGCUGGGGUGGUGGUCAUGGUUACUGGCAUCCUCGGUUGCUGUGCCACCUUCAAAGAGCGUCGGAAUUUGCUGAGAGUGUACUUCAUAUUGCUGCUGUGCAUCUUUCUCCUGGAGAUCAUUGCUGGAAUCCUGGCCUAUAUCUACUACCAGCAGCUGAGCAUGGAGCUGAAACAAAAUCUGAAGAACACCAUGACCCAGAAGUACCGGAAGGAGGGAGAAGAGAGUGUUACCAGUGCCGUAGACAAACUGCAGCAGGAGUUCAAGUGCUGUGGGAGCAAUAACCACACGGACUGGGCUGACAGCCUGUGGAUCAAAUCUUCAGAGGCCAAUGGGCGGAAAGUCCCAGACAGCUGCUGUAAGACGAUAACUGACCUGUGUGGGCGAAGAGACCAUCCUUCCAACAUCUACAAGGAGAGCGGUUGCAUUACCAAGCUGGAAAACUUCAUUCAAGAGCAUCUGAAAAUUAUUGGGGCAGUGGGGAUCAGCAUUGCUUGUGUGCAGAUCUUUGGGAUGAUUUUCACCUGCUGCUUGUACAAGAGUUUAAAGUCAGAACCAUAUUAAUAGCUGUGGGAACACUGUUGCUCCCCUUCUGCCACUUCCCUUAGCACCUGCCAACCUGACCACUCUCCAUCACCACCACCAAAGUGUCUGUAACCUGAGGACUUGGCUCUAUAAUUAAAUGCCUUUAGAACCAUGCACCGCCUUACCUGCCCCUCUGGGGGAAAAUCACCCUCCUUGUUGUGUACAAGGCAGCCGGGAGCUCAGCGGUUCCUCUUCUGUGUCAAGAAACAAAAGAGCUGUGGAUCUUCUGCUAGAAGCUUUAGCGAAACAGUCCCUUGUUAUAACUAUGAAGCAAGAUUUAUCCAAGGCCACUUCUCUUGAGGCUUCUCCUGAGCCAACAUGAAGCUAUCAGGAUGCUGUACAAGAAUCACAGUUUGCUUUCUGAGAAGUGGCUCAGCAGCACUGGGCAUUGACACUGAGGACAGAUGAUGUUUCUGUGCUGAGCUGGAGUCAGAGCUGAGUUUCUCAUACAUGGAAGAUUUCUCUCCCUCCUCCCAAGAGUGCACCAACAUCCUAACACAGUUGUUUUCACCUGAGAGGAUGCCUGCCUGGCUGAUUGGGGCAGGAGCUACUUGUCCUGCUAACUGGGAGCACAACUUGGUGCAGCUGAAAUCUGGUGGUGACUCUCAUGUUGCCAAGAUGUGAGUGCCUUAGGAUUUCUCAGCACUUCCUCCUCUUCCUUGAAGCUUCCCCCAACACAGUGCCAUUAGGAGCCACAAGAGGCCUUUUUCUUCCUACCAAUUCUGGUGGAAAGAUGAUGGACUACUUUCUAAUUCUGUCUGUCUUAUUGAGUGGCUUCUAGCAUGAGUGAGAACACUCUUCCUCCUACCUAUCCCCUGCUGAGGUUUGGUGAAGAGCUGGUCUGUUGUGGGGCUGGCAUAUCUUGCUUCCCUUUGGCCUGUUCAGUUAGGGGAAAUACCUUCUUCAUCUGUUACCAUACAUGUAGGGACAUGCCCUUGGCUUGAUUUUUCUAGUUAAACCCUCCAGGCUUGCCUCCCUUGGGCAGGAAAUGAAUAUAUACAAAUGUUUUAUCAGCCUCCAAAGACCUCAUUAAUCAAGUGAGGGUUUUCUGGCUUUUAUCUGGAAGCCCACUUUACUGGUUACUGCUGAGAAAGUCAGGAGAGUCAGUUUGAACCAGCUGGCCCAGUAUACUUGGUAAAUUGGUAGUGUUGGGUUAACUGUUUGCUGCAGUGGAAUAGAUUUUAAUUAAAUAUUGUCUGUGCAUUGGGAUACUGUAUACAUACAGGACACAGACAUCACUGCUGCCAUGGACUUGGUGCCAGCAGGUUCUCAGCCUGAAUUCAUGGUAUCUUGUGUGCCUCUCAUCCCUCAUUCCUGGUGUGCCUUUUAUACACAUGAAGCAGCAAGGGCCAUGGGAUUUUGGUGUUUCUGAGCAGUGAAGACAGGCUCAGACUUCUGUAAACAAAUUUAUUCCCUCUCUUGGGCUUUUAGCGAUGCUGGCUGAGCCCUGUCCCUGGCAGCAGACAGCCAACACAAGCAAAAUCAUCCAGACCACUAAAGGGUCUUGCAGCAUUGUGGGGUUUUUGGUUCACAGAGCAGAAAUCUUGGACUGGCACUAAAGGGUGACAUGCUAAAAUUCAGAGCAGGUCAAUUUGAAACUCCCUCAUCAUCAGCCUCAAGAAAUAAUCCUUGACUAAUGCUGAAAAGAGAGGUGGAGGAACUGAGGUGUAUCCUUGGUUCCACAGCAGUAGGAAAGAAAUCUAAAUUAUUGUGUAAUGACCUAAAGGAGAAAUCUCUAAAUUAUUUCUUGUUUUAUAGUAAAGUUCCUUAACAAGUAUUGACUACUAACUAAGAGGAAAAUAUUGAGCAUGUUGCUUGAAGCAAUAUUUCUAGUUUCUUAAGCAUAUCUUCAUAGCUGCCUUUGCCCAUUCCCUUCAAAGACAAUGUACAGGGUUGGGAGAGGCCAGGAAGAAUGAGAUAUGAACAGUAAGUUGGCUUUUGUACACUGAGUUGUUUUAUACUUUUUCUCUGUGUAACAAUAUUCAUUGCUUUUGGAUUUUUUUUAACCCAGUUUAAGUUGCUGGCCAAUAGAAAAAUAAAGCUUAAGGUUCUGUACUGACUCUGUGCCGCAAAA